UGUGCUCCCGUAUUCCUUCUUCAUCAUGCAUUGGGAGGAGAUCGCACAAGGCAAGGGUGCAAGUCGCGACGGGGCUAUCCCGCCAGAAUGGCAGCUCCCAUCAUGUCAGUUGCAGGAUUCCCAAGUCGACGUCCGCGCAGUGCCAGCUGAAUGUGGCAUUCUUACAACUCGAGAGUUGGAGAUAACAGCGACUGACGCGGUUGAACUGGUGCAGAAGCUCGUUCGCCGGGAAUACACCUCAUAUGAAGUAACUCUAGCAUUUUGCAAGCGAGCGGCCAUUGCACAGCAACUUGUCAACUGCCUCAGUGAAAUUUUUUUCCAGUUGGCUCUUGAUGCCGCAGCACAGCUUGAUGCUGAGUAUGCCGCCACGGGUGUGCCUCGUGGUCCUCUACAUGGCCUCCCAGUCUCCCUAAAGGAUUGCUUCCAGAUUGAAGGAACUGACGCAACCAUUGGAUAUACGGCGUUCGCAAAUAGUCCAACAAAGCAGGGCGAAGAGGCAGCAAUCACAAAUAUCAUGAGGAAAUGCGGUGCGGUGUUAUUCUGCAAGACCAAUGUCCCAACAGCCAUGAUGGCCGGCGAGACCUACAAUGCUAUAUACGGUUACACUUCCAACCCAUAUAAUAGAUUUCUUUCCAGCGGUGGCUCGUCAGGCGGAGAAAGCGCGUUAUUGGCUCUACAUGGAUCUCCUCUCGGUGUUGGAACAGAUGUAGGAGGCUCUAUCCGAAUCCCUGCCUCGUUCUGCGAUCUAUACAGCCUCAAGCCUUCCUCAGGUCGCUUUCCCAUCUCUGGGAUCCGAGACGGGAUGGAGGGUCAAGAGGCAGUCAGUAAUGUAGUCGGGCCCAUGGCAAGGUCGUUGGCCGCGAUUGAGAUGUGGACCAGGGCAGUUCUGGGAACCCAGCCUUGGAUGGCCGCUGAUCCGGACUGUCUACCCAUCCCUUAUCGAGAGGCACAGAUACCGAAGAAGCUUUGCUUGGGCCUUCUUCUGGACGACGGAAUUGUGAAGCCUCUACCCCCAAUUACCCGCGCUUUGCAUCAAGUAAAGGCGGCCCUGGAAGCUGCAGGUCAUACGGUCGUCGACUUCCGCAUGUGGGUACCCCCAGAGUCUAGUGAUGAUCCUCUCUAUACGGAUACCCUCAAACACGCGCUGUACCGCUCCGCCGCAGCAGAUACAGUGAGCAGUACCCUCGCCAGAACAGAAGAACCCUGGCCCCGCGGAAUGGAAAUGCUCGAGGAAAUGGUGGGCCGCAACAGGCAAAGCCCAACCACGGUCUCCGAUCUCUGGAAAGCUCAGGCCAAGCGUACUGAGUACGCCAAACGGGUCUUGCAGGCGUGGGCGGCGACCGAGAAUACGACCGGCACAGGUCGCGAGAUCGAUGCUCUGCUGAUGCCCUGUACCCCGUGGCCCGCGUGCGAGAAGUACAAGUUUACAUAUGACAACUACACCAGUCUGUGGAACGUGCUGGACUACUGCGCAACCACUCUCCCGGUUACCCAGGUUUCAGCGGUCGACCAUGUCGAGCCGGGGUACAAGUGUCGAAACCAAACGGAGGCGGGCAUCUGGAAGGAAUACCAACCCGAGACCAUAGAGGGGGCUUCUGUUGCUGUACAGCUUGUGGGCCGGCGCCUCAACGAAGAGUAUCUGUUGGCGGUGACGCGGGUAUGCGACGAUGCUACUGCUAGCUAUGCAAUAUGA